UUGUAUGUUCGCAUCGCCAUUUGUCAACGUUCCAUUUUUAUAUUACACCGUUUGAGUCAGUGCAUUUUCCUUUAAGAAAACAAUGCACCUGAAGUUUUCAUCUGAACAUAUCGUGUUAAAUCAUAAGAAAUGGGGUUAAAGUAUUGUGCUGUAUUUGUAUUAUGGUUCGCCAGUAUAGUUUGUGGUCAACUAUGUCCGAAACAGUGCGAUUGUGAUAUGGAAGACGGUUUGAACAGAGCGACCUGUAGUAAUCAAAAUAUUAUAGAAGUCGACGUGGGAGUGCCGAGAAUUGUUCAAGUGUACAGUCUUAGCCACAACGCUAUUACAGAAUUGGAUAAUUUUUGCUAUAAGGAGAUUGGUUACAGUUCGCUGAAAAUUUUAAAUUUAUCUUACAAUCUGAUAUACUGGAUUGGUUUACACGCGUUCGCCGGUUUGGAAGAGUUGGUGCAAUUGGAUUUAAGCAAUAACCGGCUGAGAGACAUCCAGUCAGAUUUGUUUUCGGACACACCAAAACUAGAUAUUCUCGAUUUAUCGGGAAAUAUUUUCGAAACACUGAAAAACGAACCUUUUAUAAUACACGACAAAUUACAGGUACUAAACUUACAAAACUGUCGAAUCAAAUUAUUUCCGGAGAGACUUUUUAAGCGACUGCCUAAUUUAAAAAAAUUGGAUUUGAGUCAAAAUUAUAUAAUAUCAUUUAAAACCGUUGUGCUCGAACCAUUACGCAAGCUAACUAGAUUGGAAUUGAAAAAUGAUUACUUGAAAUGCAGUUCAGAAUUUAUCGCAGCUGAGGCUUGGAUAGUGUCACGUGAAAUAUCAUAUUCAAAACAGUGUCGGAGGUCGAGACCUAAAAUGCUUGAAAGAAUGAUAUCUGUAGUAGAAGAGAAUAAAGCAGUCGAUAUAAAUGACGUAUGGAAUGUGACACAGACUGUGAAGAAAAACACAACGUUGCCAGCAGUUACCAGGGACACCAAUAGAACACUGACACCGUUUGAGAAAUUUGACAAAGAUUUUUCAGCGGUGCAAGCGCUCAUUAUGGGUCUCGAGAUAGGCCUGGGUAUUGGGAUAAUCGGCACCUAUAUAUGGCUGAGGGAAAUUUGUAAAUGUAGAAAGUGGAACUGUAUAAAAACGCAAACAGAAAGACAGAGGCGGAGAGCUCAGAGAGUAGCGGAUGGAGAUAUGAGAGCAAAUUUACUUUGGAGUAACGUGGUGAAUCCGGAUUUGGCGACUCCUCCGCAAAUACGUAGGGAGCUUUCUCUGCCUGAUGGUAGCACUCAGUUUCGAGCCCAAAGAAUUGCAGUAGACGCGGUUCGGUUACCACCAGACAGGUGCGAGACACCGCCGCCACCGUAUCACGAAUGUCGCAUCAAUAUAUAGAAUUACAGUUUUAAUAUUACUAUACUGGGGGUUCUACCAUAAAAUGAAAUUCCGAAUUCUCGGAGUCAAUUUCGUGUUUUUGUUCAUACCAAAAUCGGCCUAGUAAAAGGAGCUUAAGAUAUUGUUCGUCACAAAUCCUGCCAUAAAAGUCCAAAGGGACAACAUUUUAACAUUUUUAAUAUGUUUAUACGAUAUGUAUUAUGUAAUUUUAACAUCAAAUUUGUGUUUCGUUCAGCCCUGAAAUUUCAAAAAAUAUUUCAUGGCCCUAUGUUUAUGUUUGAAAGAUUUGUCUUUGAAUACGGUGUUUUUCAAACAUGUUUAAUCAUGUCUCACAAAAAUUGUAGAUAUUUAUUUCUAUAGCAAUGUACAAGUAUGUUUAUAAGGGGUAGAUGGCGUCCAAAAAAUAAAUUAAAAAAUGUUGCUAGAUUUAGAGGUCAUAGUAUCCCGCCAGACCAAGUUAAUGUCUGAUAUCGGGCAAAUUUUUUCAGUCUACUAUUUGUGAGGUGAUAGAGUGUAUUUGGACCAAAGUAUUUUUUAACUAAGUCAAAUAAAAAAUUAUUGGUGAUAAAGUAUAAAAAUGUGUACUGCCAAUUUUAUAAGGUACCUUAAAUUUACAAAACUAAGUAUUGUAUUUUUAUCAAUUUUGUAUUAACGUAGGAAUAUAGGAAAUAAAUCAGUAAAUCACACAA